AUGAUGUGGGUUUUAUUACUAUUUAAUCUAGCCAGCGCAGGCCAAUACCCAUGCAAGUUCACAAUGCCUGACGGAGAUGUGAUUGAUUUGAGUUCUCUAUAUACAGAAAUCCCUGACUAUGAGAUGGACGCAAUGGACUUUGUCUACCGAAAUAAUAUCUGUGGAGACACCCAUAAGACCUGCGGAGUCAACACUGGAAUUGCUACUCAGUGGGAAUACAACGGAGGUUGUGUCGCAGUUUUGGCAAGGCAAAGUGGGACCCCACCAGUAGCUACAUAUAUAAACCCAGAUGACCCAGAUCUUGGUAUCAGGCUGACUUAUUUUAACGGAGACUCAUGUGGAUCAAUUCAAAGACAGGUGAUAUAUAACAUCCAUUGCGCCAAAGAAAAAACGCGAAUGACAAUGGCUGAAGAAUUCUCUUUGUGUGUCUAUACAUUUGAGGUAAACUCAAAACUGGUAUGCCCAGGCAAAAGUGGAGUUACGAAGAAAAGCUCAUCUGGGCUAAGCAGAGGGACCUGGAUACUUCUCCUUUCUGUAAUUUUAUUUGCAGCCUAUUGCAUCAUAGGAUCUAUUUUAAACAGGAAAAACGACCCUGAGCUGUCGAUUUCAGAAAGCAUCCCUCACAAAGCUUUUUGGGCAGAGCUUCCUUCACUAGUUGGGGAUGGUGUACAAUUUACAGUAAGCAAAGGGCGAGAAAUUGUAGGAAGAAUUACAGGAAGAGAAUAA